AUGAAGCCGUCGUCGUCGUCCGCGGACGCGGGGUGGACCCCGGACGGCCCGCUCGACGCCGCGUUCGUGCUGUCGCCGCCGUCGACGUCGGGGCGGGACGUCGCCGCGGCGGAGUCGCUCGCGGAGUGGGGUCGUCGCGCGCACGAUGCGCGCGAGCGCUCGCUCGGUCCUCUACUCCCGCGAUCGAGCGUCGACGCGGGCCCGACGCCGACGCCGCGACGGGUCGUGGACGACGACGUCGUGUCGCUGACGCGCGGCGGCGCGUCGCGGCCGCCGCGCGUCGUCACCGCGGAGAGCAUCGUCGCGUGCGUGAACGCCGCGGUCGCGAGCAGCCGGUCGCCGUCGCCCGCGAAGCGCGCGGUCGCGACGACGACGAACGACGCGACGAUUCGCCGAGGCGCGUCGCCGCUGCGCGCGACCGCGCGCGCGCUGGACUUCGCGCCGACGACGCGCGCGCCGACGCCGGCGACGCCGCGGUACGUCGAGGACGCGGAGACGGAAGACGAGGUCGAGGACGAGGAGGACGAGGACGAGGACGAGGACGAGACGGAGUCCCCGCGCGAGCGAGCGAGGACCGCGCUGCUCGCGUUUCUGGAGAGCAAAUGGAAGACGCGCGCGGGACGCAAGCUGUCGCGUCGAGCGCUGUCGGAGUGGAGGGCCAUCGCGCGGACGCGCCGGCGCGACCACGACGUCGAAGCGCGCGCGGCGGCCCGCCGCGCGUGCCCGCCGACGCGCGACGGCGGCGUGGAGACCCUGGACGCGUUCGACCGAUGGCGUCUCCGCGCGGCGGUGCGGUGCUGGCGGUUGGCGGGGAGAACGCGCCGGGAAAAGUCCUUAAGGAUCGGCGUUCACCACGCCGACGCGGUCGUAUGGGAACCAGUGUAUGCGAAGAAGGACGCGACGCCGGCGCCGGCGACUCCCGCGUCGUCGUCGACGACGACGACGGCCGAGCGGUUCAACGCGUGGCACGCGUCCGUGUCCCCGGCGAAGGCGACCGCGGAAGAGACGACGGCGCGCGACGCCUCGCGGGACCCGUCGUACGGACGCAUGGACGACGCGCUCGCGCGGUGGCUCGCGGGGGAGGAGUCGUUCUCAAGCGCGGGGGAGACGAAUCGACGCGGCGCGGCGGGGGAGACGAAUCGACGCGGCGCGGCGGGGGUCGCCGCCGAGGAGGCGACGACGUCGAUGGACGAACCGAUCGCGGACUUGCGGUACUACGCGGAAGCGCUGUACGGCGGAGGAGAAGGAGACGCCGGCGUCGCGACGGAGGACGCGGAUUUCGGCCGCGACGGCGGCGGCGGCGGCGGCGGCGGCGAGGCGUCGCUUCGAGCGGCGCUGAUGGCCGCGGAGGCGCGCGCGGACGAGCUCGCGCUGGAGUGCAAAGAGCUCGAGACGGAUCUGUACGCCGCGAGCGUGCUGUGGGAGGAGACGGACGGCGAGAACGCGCGGUUACGAGAGGAGGCGGACGCGUUUCGCGCGGAGGCGGACAACGCGUACCAGGGUCAGAGAGCGACGACGUACGCGGAGCCCGCGGGAUUCGGCGCGCCGUUCGUGACGCCGACGCGCGGGGGGUUCGCGGGGUGCGUGGGGUAUCUGGGGCACGCGGGGUAUCCGGGGCACGUGGGUCCCGUGGCGUACCACGCGCCGAUGAUGACGCCGUACCAUCCGGCGAUGAUGACCCCGUACUCGCCGUAUUCGCAUUCGCCGCCGCCGCCGCCGCCGCCGCCGCCAGCGCAUUCGGGGACGCCGCGGCGGUGGCGGCAUGGACCGCACCUUCGAACGGAGGUCGAUGCGCUCGAACGCGUCGUGGGGAAGCUUCAGCACGCGCGGGACCCGGUGCAUCGCCCGGUGGAUUACCCCUCGGUGUCGUGCGAUUACGAGGCUCUCCGGCGAGAGUUUGGCAUGGCUCGAUGA